AUGGAAACGACAAGCACAAUUCGUCUUGGUGGUCACGUCGACUCAGACAAGUCAUCAGGUUCGUGGUUGAUUGCCAGUGUGGAUAAGCCAGGAACAAGGUUCGUGGUUAAUAGAGGAGUAGAUGGUGAGGAGGAGGAGGAGGAGGAGGAGGAGGAGGAGGAGGAGGAGGAGGAGGAGGAGGAGGAGGAGGAGGAGGAGGAGGAGGAGGAGGAGGAGGAGGAGGAGGAGGAGGAGGAGGAGCUUACAGCUGUAGGAGGUAUUUCUGAGAAGUGA